CUGACUCAGGAUCGUCUUACCCAGGAUCAUCUCAGUCAGCCAUGGGUCGUCCUGGGAUUCAGAUGUGGACAUGGACACUGUGUGUUUUCUUCAGCUGGAUGUGUGUGGGCAGAGCAGUGGCGGGACCGCACUACAUGGUCGCCAUUCCUGCGACCCUUGAAGCCGGAGCUGACACCAAAUUCUGUGCGAGUCUCCUGCAGCCCAACGAGACUCUGGUCAUGACCAUCACUCUGAAGUCCCCAGAGGAGAAUACAACCCUCCUCACACAGAUGUCCAGUACUGACUUUCAUACCUGCACUCAGUUUAAGGUUCCUGUAGUGGAGAAUGAAGAGGUGCAGAAUUUUGAGGUGGAGGUACGAGGAGACACUUUUUACUCAAAGGAAGUCAGGAAAGUCCUGAUCAAAGUCUACCAUCCAAUGACAUUCGUCCAAUCAGAUAAACCAAUCUACCUACCUGGCCAAACAGUGCAUUUCAGAGUCGUCACACUGGACUCCAAGUUGAGGCGUGCUGAUCGGCUGUACAAUAUCAUCGAAAUUGAGGAUGCUCAACACAACCGGAUUGGACAGUGGCUCAAUGAAACGUCCAAUGGUAGGAUAUUGCAGCUUUCAUACGCCUUGAACUCUGAGGCCCGUGAAGGGACCUACCAAGUUAUUGUGACGAUCGGGUCUGAUAAAAUACAUCACACCUUCAAGGUAGAGAAGUACGUUUUGCCUAAAUUUGAAAUAAAAAUAGAUGCAUCCUCUGAAGUAAGUAUUGAUCAGGAGGAAAUCAAAGCUGAAGUAUGUGCAACGUAUACUUUCGGACAGCCUGUUCCAGGCAGUGUUGAAGUCGAGAUGUGCCGACCUCUAAGUUACUACAUUGGGAUAAGUCGUCAAUACUCCCCUGAUCAUCCGGAGGGAGUCCCUGAUGUAAUCGCCCCAUGCCACGUCGAGACAAAGCAGGCGGACAACAAAGGCUGCGCCACAUUUAUCUUCACAAUGUCAUCUUUUACAAAAAUUGCGCAAAAGGCCUUGCGAGAUGAACUGCGGCUCAGGACCAAAGUGGAAGAGGAGGGCACAGGUAUCUCACGUGAACAAGAGAUGAAAAUAUCGAUUUCAUAUGUCAUUGGAAAGCUGUCAUUCACCGAAACGCCCACGAUUUAUGAAGCAGGAUCAAACGUGGAGGGAAAAGUUAAAGCGGUUCAUCACAACGACACACCCAUUACCGACAUGCCGCUGUACCUGUUUGAGGGUCAAACCUGGUCAGCACGGCGGAUACAGAAUCUCACAACUAACAGCGAUGGUGUCGCCACUUUUUCAUUCAGCACGGCUGAACUUAAUGGGGACAUCCAACUCCACGUUAGCAGCUCGCCUACAUUAGACUUCCCUGAUUACAGAACGGCGUUCUAUGAGCGUGGAAAGCACUCCGUGUCACUGGCCCAAGUCUCGACUCUACAUACUAAAACAAUCAGCUCCCUGGAGGUGAAGAAGAAGAAUGAUCCACUUCCAUGUGACAAAGAAGAAGACUUCUCCAUCCAAUACACUGUGGUAGGAGAGGCCCAGGGCUCUGUGGAUGUGAUGUAUGUGGUCUUAUCCCGAGGAGCUAUCGUCGAGCAAGGACUUCAACGGGUCGAAGUGCAAGAAAUGUCAUUGAAUGAGGGCGAGGUGUCCUUCAAGCUGAAAGUGUCCCCGGAGAUGUCACCAGUCAUCCAAGUUGUGGCUUACGCCGUCCUCCCCAGUGAGAAUGUGAUCGCCAACAGCGCUGAGUUCUCCGUCGAGAAAUGCUUCGGUCACAAGGUGUCACUGGAGUUUGCUCCGUCCUCGGCUGUCCCUGGAGAGCAGACCAUCCUGCAGGUGACGGCGCAGCCCGACUCUCUGUGUGGUGUGAGCGCCAUCGACCAGAGCGUCCUCAUCAAGGAGCCGGGGAAGACUCUGGAAGCAGAGAAGAUUUUUGACCUAUUGCCCGUCAAAAAAACCUCUUACAUUCCAUACAAGGCUCAAGAUUCCUUUGAAUGUUUGCACGUGAGACCGAGAAGAUACGUUUUGCCGUCCCCCGAUGAGCAAAAGGAUGCUCAUAGCGUUUUCAAGAAUGUGGGGAUGAAGAUGGUGACAAACCUGGCUAUCCGAGUGCCUUCGUGCCUCAAGUACAAAGGAAGAGAAUACCACCAGGGCCACGGCUAUGGUGGCGGUGGUGGUGGCGGCAGGUAUUACGAUGAUCCCAGCGGAAGAAGAAUGAGCUCACCACAAUUGGGGAUGGCUGGUUCUCCGGGAGGUGCAGCACCUGAUAAUUCACCAAUAGAGACGGUCCGCACUUUCUUCCCUGAGACCUGGAUAUGGGACCUGGUGGAAGUCGGAGACUCUGGAACGAAGGACGUGUCCCUCACCGUCCCAGACACCAUCACCACCUGGGAGACGGAGGCUUUCUGUCUGUCCCCUCAGGGUUUCGGCUUGGCUCCCCGUAAAAAGAUCACCGUCUUCCAGCCCUUCUUCCUGGAGCUCACUAUGCCCUACUCCAUCACGGGGGAGCACUUUGAACUGAAGGCGACCAUCUUUAACUACAUGACCAGCUGCAUCAUGGUCCACGUGGCUCCAGCUCCCUCCUUAGAAUACACCCUCACCCCCCUCUCUGGGGACAAGUACACUUCCUGUUUGUGCGGGGGCGAGCGCAAGACCGUGAGCUGGACCAUGGCCCCCUCAGCCUUAGGGGUCGUGAGCGUGUCGGUGACCGCCGAGGCUCAGCCGUCCCACAUUUCAUGUGACAACGAGAUUGUGAAAGUGCCAGAGAGAGGUCGCAUCGAUGUGGUCACAAGAUCUCUCAUAGUGAAGGCUGAAGGAACCGAGAUGUCAAAGACCUACAACUGGCUGCUCUGCCCGAAAGGAGAGACUUUGAAAGAGGAAGUAGACAUUGAGCUCCCCGAGAACAUGAUUGCUGGAUCAGCCCGUGCUUCAAUAUCAGUCCUGGGUGACAUUAUGGGUCGAGCCCUGAACAACCUGGACGGGCUGCUGAGGAUGCCGUACGGUUGUGGGGAGCAGAACAUGGCGCUCCUCGCCCCCAACAUCUACAUCCUCCAGUACCUGAGAAACACACAGCAGCUGACCUCAGCCAUCACGGACAAGGCCACCAAGUUCCUGACCAGCGGCUACCAGAGGCAGCUGAACUACAAGCAUUCUGAUGGCGCUUUCAGCACAUUUGGAUCAGGAACCGGGAACACCUGGCUGACUGCUUUUGUGGUGAGAUCGUUUGCCAAAGCCCAGUCCUUCAUCUUCAUCGACCCAGAGAAUAUCGAAGAGUCGAUGAUUUGGCUGAAAAGGAAACAACAAGAGAACGGCUGUUUUGAACCGUCAGGAAAACUCUUCAACAACAGAAUGAAGGGCGGAGUGUCUGAUGAAGUGACUCUCAGUGCAUACAUCACUGCUGCCUUCCUGGAGAUGAACACGUCCAUCGAUGAUCCUGCAGUGAAUAAGAGCCUGUCUUGCCUCAGAGAGUCCAUCGGUAACUUCAGUAACACCUACACCACGGCUCUGCUGGCGUACGUCUUCACCCUGGCAGGAGACAUGGAGACCCGAGCUCACCUUCUGACGCACCUGGACUCGGUCGCAAAUCAACAAGGAGGUUUCCGCCACUGGUCUCAGACAGCAACACAAACGUCGGCCUCUCUGUCUGUGGAGAUCAGCUCCUACGUGAUGCUGGCUAAACUCGGCGCCUCUCCGACCGCUGAAGACCUUGGCUACGCCACCCUCAUCGUUAGAUGGCUGACGACCCAGCAGAACUACUACGGAGGCUUCUCCUCCACACAGGACACAGUGGUGGCUCUUCAGGCUCUGGCUCUCUACUCCACUCUGGUGUUCAGUCCUGGCGGUUCGAGCAUGGUGUUGGUCCAGUCUCCCAGUGGCCCGCUGACAUUUGAUGUGGAUCAGCACAACAAACUGCUCUACCAGGAGAAGCUGCUGCAGGACACGACAGGAAAGUUCAGCCUGGAGGUGAAAGGCACUGCAUGCGCUGUGAUGCAGAUUUCUCUUCAUUAUAACAUCCCAGUUCCUGCUGACAUCCCAUCUCUCAGUGUCAUGGUCACCAGUGAGGCCGUAUGCACCAACAAAAGACCCGAACUCUCUUUAGGGUUCUCGACCCUAUAUAGUGGAACUGAGCCCACUACAAACAUGGUGAUCCUGGAUAUCAAAAUGCUCUCUGGGUUUGUCCUGGACCCAAAGUCUUUGAGUGAUCUCAAACGUGCCCUGCUGGUGGAUCGAGUUGAACAAAAAGAGGACCACGUUCUGGUCUACAUAACGGAGUUAACGAAGGACAUACCCAUCAAACACAGUAUUCAGCUCAUACAGGAGGUCCCAGUGCAGAACCUGAAGCCAGCCGUGGUCAAGAUAUAUGACUACUACCAGCCAAGUGACCAGGAUGACGCAGAAUACACCUUCCUUUGUGCUCAAGGGUGAAGUGUGGUCAGUACGCCAGCCGUCACUUGAUUCCAUUAUAAUUUCAAAAGAUACGUUUUAUGUUCCUUAACAACACAUAUUUGCCCGUCAGUGUUCGAGCACAAUCCCUUCCAGCUGUGUAACUACUGUAUUAAG